AUGGCCACAUCAUCAGCGGAUGGCCACGAUGGCCACCUGCAGAAGCGAUUUUCUAAAAUCACCAUGAUUGGCAUGGCUUUCGCUAUUCUCAACACUUGGAUCUCUCUCGCUGGGUCCAUUGGUCUAGUGAUGCCCUCAGGUGGAUCAGUGUCCUUUGUGUACGGCUUCAUCUUCUGUGUUAUCUGCAACAUCGCAUUGAGUGCAAGUGUUGGAGAGCUUGCGUCGCUCUAUCCGACGGCUGGAGGGCAAUAUCACUAUGCCUAUGCACUUUCGACGAAGAAGUGGAGGAAGAUGACGAGUUUCUUUGUUGGAUGGGUCAACAUCGCUGGCUGGCUCACGCUCAACACUACCGCUGCGUAUUUUGGAGCCCGAUUCCUCGCUGCAGCCGCCGUCGCAGCUUCUGGCGGCUCCUACGAGAUCACACAAUGGAGCACGUACUUGAUGUUCGUCGCUGUGUCCAUCAUUGGAGUAUUCUUGAAUAUCUUUGCAUACCCAAUCCUCAAUCGAUGGAAUGAAGGAGCAUUGUAUUGGUCCUUGCUCAGCGUCGUCGUGAUCAGCAUCGUGCUACUCGCAACCUCUCCCAAGACAGACGCUGAAUUCGUCUUCACAAAUUUUUCCAAUACUACCGGCUGGAGCGAUGGGACGGCAUGGAUGCUUGGACUUCUUCAGUCUGCCCUCAGCUUGAUUGGUUUUGAUGCUGUGGCGCACAUGGUCGAGGAGAUGCCUAGACCAUCCACAGAUGCCCCUCAAGCCAUGGUCGGUGCCGUGAUCGUCGGUGGUACGACGGGAAUUGCUUUCAUCCUCGUUAUGCUCUUCUGCGCCGUCGACAUUGACGUCUUGCUUUCCUCGCCUACGCAGAGUCCUCUGACGGAGAUGAUUUUGCAAGCAACGAAGAGCAGAGCAGCUGCCACUGUUCUAAGCGUCGCAGUCGCCCUCUGUUUCGUUAAUGGCGCGAACGGCUGCGUGACGUCGGGCAGUCGCUUGGUCUGGUCUAUGGCUCGAGAUAACGGAACUCCAUUCUCGAAGUAUCUCUCGCGCCUCCACCCUAAGCUGAACGUCCCUGUACGUGCAAUAGUCGUGCAGGCCAUUUUCAACAUUCUGUUUGGUCUUCUCUAUCUUGGCCCUGAGGUUGCAUUUAAUGCCUACAUCGCAAGCUGCACCGUGUUCUUGAAUCUUUCUUAUGCGAUGCCAGUCAUGAUUCUGCUAAUCAGGGGCCGGAAACUCGUGACGGAUAAUCCGCCAGUAUUCUCCCUGGGCGGAGGCUUCAUGGGCUACCUCACGAACUGGACGUCGGUGCUUUUCGUCAUCGUCACAUCUAUCUUCUUCUGUUUUCCACCAGCAAUUCCGAUCGAUAUUUCCACUAUGAACUACGUGACAGCUGUCAUUGGAGUUUUCAUUGUUUACGCGGUUGCACUCUGGUUUAUCAAGAGGAAGACCUACAACGGUCCCAAGUUUGAGCUGAUCCUUGGGGAGGAGUUACCGACUGCGAAUCCUAUCGAAGAUCAGGAAUCUGCAAAAGGGAUAGCCGCCCUACCACAUGACAAGCUGUGA